AUGGCGGAACAGAAGAACAAAUGGAACUGGGAGGUGAGUGGGUUCGACCCAUGGAAGUCUCCGACUUCGUCUUCCUCUUCUUCAUUUGAGCAACACGAUCAGAAGCCCCCUGCACCAUUGGUAAGGAGGUAUUCCAUCUCCACCUCCUCGGUUCUUCCGCACUCAGAGAUGUCCAAACACUCCAUGGCCUCCAAGCUUCACCGAUUGGGGGACAAAGUUAAGCUCGCUAGAGAAGACUACCAGCAGUUAAGGCAAGAGGCGAGUGAACUUCAAGAAUACUCAAAUGCAAAACUUGACCGCGUUACCCGAUACCUUGGUGUUCUUGCAGACAAGACCCGCAAGUUGGAUCAAGCUGCCCUUGAAACUGAAACCAGAAUUUUGCCAAUUAUCAACGAGAAGAGGAGAUUGUUCAAUGACUUGUUGACAUCUAAAGGAAACAUCCGAGUAUACUGCCGUGCAAGACCAUUAUUUGAAGAUGAAGGUCCCUCAGUUGUUGAAUUCCCAGAUGAAUAUACUAUUCGUGUAAACACUGGUGAUGAAUCAUUGUCCAACUCCAAGAAAGAUUUUGAAUUUGAUCGUGUCUAUGGACCUCACGUUGGACAAGCCGAAUUGUUUAACGAUGUUCAGCCACUGGUGCAGUCAGCUUUGGAUGGAUACAAUGUCUCCAUAUUUGCAUAUGGGCAGACACAUUCUGGAAAGACACACACUAUGGAAGGACCAAGCUAUGAUCGAGGUUUAUAUGCUCGUUGUUUUGAAGAAUUGUUUGAUUUGGCCAAUUCAGAUUCAACUUCUACUUCUCAAUACAAGUUCUCUGUUACAAUUUUUGACCUUUAUAAUGAACAGGAAGAUAGGGUUUUUAAGGUUCUUACUAAGCCCCUUUAA